AGACUCCACCCUAGAGAUCACUGUUCAGCAAAGUUUCUCCAUUGCCCCUUCACAUCUGGUCGCUGCUGCCGCUCGACACACACCGGGACAGGCCUGAGAAGAGGGGCAGGCUGCCGAACAAGUUGAUAUCAGGGCGCUUACCGGAUUUCUUCGGUAUUUUGGAGGGUUCCUCUGUUUUUUGGGGGAGCAGAGAGAGCGUGACGGUGGCCGUGGCUGUCAGCAGGAAGCCUUGAACAUUUUCUCCUUCUACCCCCGGGAGUCCACACGACCAGACCGUUUUUGACGUUCGCAUCUCUUGCUCGACAUCAUGUCCAGGUCAGACUACCCUCCAAGGUAUGAUGACUCCUUUGGCCCGCUGUAUACACCCCAGGAUGGGAAUUACCCACAACCCCCUGCCUAUGGCUUCCCUGUCUACAGUGGUCCCCAGCCAGGCCAGCCCUCUGCUCCCUACCCAACUGGACCAAACGCCCCUUUGUUCCCGGGCCAGCCAGGGGGCUACCCUCCUGGCAUGUACCCAGGACAGCCUCACCCUGCUGGGCCUCCAGGAGUAGGCUACCCCAGUCCCCCUCCCAUGCCCCCUGUUGUCCCACCUACCAUACCAUCAGAUGUCCUGAGCUCUGGCGAUGGGUUUGCGGCAAGCGACAGCGGUUGGGACAGUCUGACCAUUCGGCAUGCCUUCAUCAGAAAGGUGUAUUUGAUUUUGGCGUCUCAGCUCCUCGUCACCACAGCCAUUGUGGCUGUAUUCACUUUUGUCCAGCCUGUCAAAGAUUUUGUACAGCGAAACCUGGCUGUCUACUGGGCAUCAUAUGCUGUGUAUAUCGUCACCCACCUUGUGCUGGUCUGCUGUAAAGGCCCCCGGAGGAAGUGCCCAUGGAAUGUCAUUCUGCUGCUCAUCUUUACUCUGGCUUUGUCCUACAUGACUGGAUCCAUAUCCAGUUUCUAUAGCACAAAAGCAGUGUUUCUCGCUCUGGUUAUCACAGCUGUGGUCUGCCUUGCCGUCACUGUCUUCUGCUUUCAGACAAAGGUCGACUUUACCAAGUGCCAAGGCCUGUUCUGUGUCCUGGGGAUCGUAAUAUUUGUGACUGGCAUCAUUACAACCAUUGUGCUGUCCUUAAAAUAUAUUUUGUGGCUUCACAUGCUGUAUGCAGCUUUGGGAGCCAUAGUCUUCACUAUGUUCCUAGCGUACCACACACAGCUGCUGAUAGGGAACAGGAAACACUCCAUCAGUCCAGAGGAGUACGUGUUCGCCGCACUUUCUGUCUACGUCGACAUCAUCCAGAUCUUCCUCUUUCUGCUGCAAAUUAUUGGCGCGUCGACCAAAUAAGUCCACAAGUGUAUAACCUGGGGCAACAAGGUGCAGACAAGCACCCAGCUGCAAAACCCUUCCGUGCUUUAUAAAACCCUUGGGUGUUUUUUCAGUCAGAAUUAGAAUACAUUUAUAAAAUCAUGGUGCAUUUCAGAGGGCUGAAUUUGAGAUUUUGUCAUAGUGUAGGUUAAUCCUAACGAAAAAAAUGCACUUUUUCUGAAAUCUGUAUUAUUCCGUAUCUGCAUUAAACAACCUAACAGUGGUUAGCGAAGACUAUUAAUACUACAAUAUAAAUAUCUAUUUUUUUCUGCAUGUAGGUGUGCUGCUACAAAUCAAUUGUUUCCCAUCUGUAUAAAUGUUGAGAAAAAGGGGAAAUAUGUUUGUUCCAAUGUUCAAAGUCAGAUUUGCCAACACAGAGGCCAUCUCUCUUGUUGCCUUUGGGGUACAGUAGGGGUGGGCGUUCUCCAAAAAUGUUCCUUUAUCCAAAAGUUUCAAUCCGAUACCAACUGCCAGGAUCAUAAUAUUCAUACUGAUAUUGAUUCAUAUUCGUUUGUAUUAUUGAAAGCAGCUAAUGUACAUGUCAGGAUUUAUGACGUGAAUGAUUCAUAAAUAGGUUAUUUCUAAAUAGGUUUCAAUUAUCACGGAAUAAUUUUGCCACAUAUUAAGCAUUUAUUUUUACUAUUCUCUGUAAAUUACUUAAAGGGAUAGUUGGACAUUUUGGGAAGAACCCUCCUUUGCCUGCUUGCUGAGAGUUAGAUGACAAGAUUGAUACCAUUCUCAUGUCUGUACUCUGAAAUCAAACACGACAGCCAGCAGUCGGUUAGGUUAGCUUAGCUUAGCAUAAAGACUGGAAAAAGAGGGAAACAGCUAGCCUGGCUCUGUCUAAAAAUAAAAAAAUCUGCCUACCAGCACCUCUAAAGUUCACUAAUCAACAUGAUAUAUAAUUAUUUUAAUCUGUAUAAAAACUGGGGUAUAAAUGCGACAAAUACGUGGCUUUUUGAGGGGUUUAAUGCUCGACUAUUUCAGGUUUCCUGGAGUCCAGCACAUAACCUCCUGAAAAAACACAACUGACAAUUUUACACAAAUGACACAUACAGAAUCUGUCCACCAGCGCCUCUGAAUCUCACUUCUUACAUUAAAUCUUGUCUGUUUAAUCCAUAACAAAUUGUAAAAACAUCAGGUUAUGCUUUUACGGAUAGUAUGUGCCGCACAUUUCCUUGGUCAUGAAUUGUAAAUUCACAAAGUCUCAACUGGACGUGUCAUUUUUACACUUUAGCUUUUGUACAGAUUAAACAACAUAGAAUGUGUUAAUUAGUCAAGAUUGGUGGUGGUUCCGUGAAUUUCGUUACCUUUGGACACAGCCAGGCUCGCCGUUUCCCCCUCUGCCAAUCAUUAUGCUAAGAUAAGCUAACUGCGACUGCUAGCUCACUGUAGUUUCAUUUUUACCGUACAGACAUGAGUGGUAUCAAUCAUCUUGCUCUCAGCAAGAUAGUGAAUCUGUGCAUUUCUUAAAAAUAUAGAACCAUUGCUUCAAUUAUAUGCACAUUAAAAGGCAAAAUAGGGUUCAGUUGCAAUAAAAUUUUAUAUGUGAACUCUUUAAACACAAAUGCACAACAGCAGCUGAAGAACUAACAGCUGCUUUAAGAAGAGCGCUGACGUACCCAAAAUGUGAUGUUACACGAUGUAUGAUGUAACAUUUGGCAUGGAUCCUAAUGGCACAAGUAUAGUUAUGCAAAACACUUCCCAUUUGUGUUAUCAAUACUCUGGGGAUUGACACGCCCACCCCUGACUAACAGCUCAGUAACGACAGCCUCAGAUUUGCUGAUUUCUGUAGCUCUACUGUAAGUAUUUACAUACUACAUCACUAUAGUGCCUUCACAAUGACUGUUUGUGGGAUUACAUUUUUUACCUUAAGAAGUACAGGGUUAUACUCAAUAAGCUUUUAUAGUAUUGUUAAGAUACUGUAUGUGCCUGUUUAUAUAUUCUUUUGUUACAGUUAGUUGGGUCAAAUACUGAGAGCGCCAGCAGGGUGGGAUUUUCCAUAAAGGACAGCAUGGUGUUAAAUUAUCGGAACACUUCUGAGAGUUACUGCGUCUCACCUAAACCGGCACACUGUCCACAAUCUUUAGACAUGAUCAACCCCACCCAGCUGGCCCUCCACACACCAAUAUUCAUAGUAAGUAUAGACCCAAGCCAAGGUUACGUAAAGUAUAACCCUUGACUCCAAACAAAUAUGGCAAACAUUUUGACUGUGUGGCACUGAUAGUAAGUAGGUAUAGGUUUGUAAAUAUACAUAACAAUGCUGAAGAGAAUCUGUUUGCCUUUUCAUAUCAAAUAAAAGAUUUUUAUUUGUG